UGCCACACAAGCACGUAAAGAAACGACUCGGCCGUGGUUCCGUAGCCUUCUCGACCCCGGUAAGAUAAACACAUAUCCAGUAGAACGGAAGGACAGGCAGAAUACGGGACACAGUUGAGCAGACCGUGGCUUCUGAGUGAUGACGCGGGAGGCUCUUCUGCGCUGAUGUUGGCUGUGUUGUCUGAUUAGUUUGAACUCCGAUCUGAAAUGCUGUCCGAUCCACGGGACUCACAGGGUCUAACUUUGAGUUACCGUCAGCUGAAGUCAAAGAUCUAACCGGGGCUGGAGCAUCUUUUGAGGAUGUCAACAUGAAAGACCAUGAGAGUGUGUGUGCGUGUGCAUUAGUGUUUAUCUGAACCUCUCUGUGUGUGUGUGUGUGUGUGUGUGUGUGUGUGUGUGUGUGUUUGUUUUUGUUUAAAAGUGUCUGUGUGUGUGUGUGUGUGUGUGUGUGUGCCUGAUUUGUUGUCAUGGCGCCAGUACCCCCUGGUAUUCGCUUCCUCACAUCCUUCCACAGGGACCAAUGGUAUCGGGCGUUCACCUUCAUUCUCACCUUCCUGCUGUAUACCAGUUUUCACCUCUCCAGAAAACCCAUCAGCAUCGUCAAGAGUGAGCUUCAUAAGAACUGCUCUGUGAUGACUGAACUGUCUGAAGGCGCAAGCAGCAGCAGCCAGCAGCCUCAGAUCCAAACAGACUGCAGCUGGAAGCCCUUUGAUAAGAGUAACUAUAAGCAGCUUCUUGGAGCCAUGGACUACUCCUUUCUCUGUGCUUACGCUGUGGGCAUGUAUCUCAGUGGCAUCAUUGGUGAACGCCUACCCAUCCGUCUCUACCUCACAGUUGGCAUGAUAACCAGUGGGCUCUUCACCUGUCUGUUUGGUUUUGGGUACAUUUACAAUAUCCACUCUCUAGGGUUCUACAUCUUCAUCCAGGUGGCCAAUGGCCUGGUCCAGACUACAGGUUGGCCCAGUGUAGUCACUUGCAUUGGAAACUGGUUUGGCAAAGGAAGGAGAGGUCUGGUGAUGGGUGUGUGGAACUCCCACACAUCGGUGGGUAAUAUCCUGGGCUCUCUGAUCGCGGGCUGUUGGGUCUCGUCCAACUGGGGCAUGUCCUUCAUCGUGCCCGGCCUCAUCAUCAUCGCCAUGGGGAUCGUCUGCUUCCUCUUCCUCAUCGAACAUCCAAAUGACCUGAGAAAUGUCUGCACACAGAAUACAUCCAGAGCCACUACUAGGGGUCGACCUGGACGUAAUGGACAAGUGGACGCACUGCUGCAGUACAAGCCAGGCAAAGCACAGAGUUGGGACACAGAGCUGCUGUUGGGCCAGAGUGGGUGUGAGGGAGGAGUGUGUGUGGACCGUGAGGGAGUGUGUGUGUCUGUGCAGCAGCUGGUGGUGGUGAAGAGUGAAACGGAACCUUCUGCCAUCAGCUUCAUGGGAGCCCUGAACAUCCCGGGAGUGGUAGAAUUUUCUCUUUGUCUGCUGUUUGCCAAGCUGGUGAGCUACACGUUCCUGUUCUGGCUGCCAAUGUACAUCACCAAAGCAGCUCAUUUGGAUGCUAAGAAGGCUGGAGAUCUGUCCACCUUGUUUGAUGUUGGAGGAAUCGUAGGUGGUAUCUUGGCUGGUGUGGUUUCUGAUAAACUGGGUAAAAGAGCUAGCACCUGUGCUGUGAUGUUGCUACUGGCAGCCCCCACUCUGUACGUGUUCUCCAUGAUAAGUGAGCUUGGUCUGGGACCCACAAUAGUGAUGUUGCUGGUGUGUGGGGCAUUGGUAAAUGGACCAUAUGCCCUCAUAACCACUGCAGUAUCAGCAGAUCUGGGCACUCAUAAGUCUCUGAAGGGGAAUGCUCGUGCUCUGUCGACAGUCACAGCCAUCAUCGAUGGCACUGGCUCUGUUGGUGCUGCAGUAGGCCCUCUGCUGGCGGGGUUGUUAUCUGCACAGGGCUGGGAUCAGGUCUUCUACAUGCUCAUGGCUGCUGACUUCCUCGCAUUGCUGCUAUUGCUGCGGUUAGUGAUGAAGGAGCUGAAAUCUGGGAAAUCUCCAAACCCUGGAGCAGCUGUGCAGCUGAAAGAACACUGAGCACUUUAUGGGUAGAGAAUCCUGUUUGUCGCAAACACACACAGCUGUGCACACACACACACACACACACACACACACCUACACCUGUGCACACACAACACUUCUACUGGGUGCUUCAGUAGAGAAUGCAGGAGGCCAUUGGGUCAGCUGCCGACCUCUGACCCAGGAAGAGGAAGGAUGACCUCUGACCCAGGAAGAGGAAGGAUGACCUCAGACCCAGGAAGAGGAAGGAUGACCUCAGACCCAGGAAGAGGAAGGAUGACCUCAGACCCAGGAAGAGGAACGAUGACCUCUGCCUUAUGACCUCUUAGAAGAUUAUGACCUUUGACCCGACAGAGGUGCUGCUCAGUUCAAGCCAGCUACCAAAGACUGUCACUGCUGGAAUCUACAGGAGACUCUCCACACACUCACACACACACACUCACACACAC